UAGAGUAAAUGCUAGGUCUGUACUAGGACCUUUUUGUAAAUUGUUUUCUUGAAAGAGAUUAAGAAAACUUAGCUGUUUCUAAUGACGAGCUAUGUAAACAUGAACUGACAUUAAAAUUGACAGAAGUUGCAUAAAUUUGUAAACUGUAAAAAAUAUUUUUGUAUUCUCAAUUGGAGGCUGUGUAAAAUUGUCUAAGGAGCCAAGAUUGACUCAUUUUAAGGUUUGCUUUAUCUAAAGCAGUCAUGAAUAACAUAAACGCGGAGGAAACGAGAAGCAGCUGCCAGACUUUCGGGAUCCUCUUCGGCUUCGGUUGUGCCAAAGAUGGCUACAACAUCCACUGCACCAGACGACGAUGGCUCUUCGUCCUAUCACUGUUGUUCUUGCUCCAAUGUUACUUCAAUGUGUCCGUCUAUCUGAACUUGCUACAAAGUGCUGGGAUCGACAGACUGUACUAUUUCAACGCCUGGCCAAACGCCUCUGAAGAAAUUGAGAAUAAAAGUGUUGAAUAUUAUAAAUAUCCUAUCAUAAUCAACUCAUCUGGUAUAUCUAUGUCGUUUGAAGAAUCGUUUAACUCCUCAUAUUACUGGUUCGUAGCAAUGAAGCCAUGGUUUAAAUAUAUGGGUGAUGACGACUCUCCGAAAUACUUUUUAUCUGACACCCCCACCUGUCAAACGAAUAAUACUUAUUUUGGACGAAUAAUAGUCAACAAGCAGGAACCGACUCUAGACUUGGUCGCUCGAGAGAACCCUCACGUGAAGACAGGAGGGUACUACAACCCUGCCCACUGCCGCGCCAGAUAUCGCGUCGCCGUUGUAGUUCCAUACCGUGAUCGGAAGGAACACCUGGCUGUACUCCUGCGCUACAUUCAUCCGCUGUUACAGAAACAACUGCUGGAAUACAGAAUAUUUGUCGUCGAACAAUACGGUAACGAAAAGUUCAACAAAGGCACAUUAUACAACAUCGCUUUCCUGGAGAGCCAGCGGUUCGGCAGCUGGGACUGCCUGAUCUUUCACGACGUGGACCUCAUCCCCGAGGACGAGAGGAUCUCGUACUCCUGCCAGGAGAACCCCACGCACAUGUCACCAGCUGUAGAAUCCUUUGGUUAUAAACUCCCCUACAGACUUAUCUUCGGGGGCGUGACGUCAUUAACUCCGGAACAAUAUAGGGCCGUCAAUGGAUAUUCCAACUUCUAUUGGAACUGGGGCGCAGAGGAUGAUGACUUUUAUUACAGACUACAAUUAAAGAACUACACAGUGGCUCGUUAUGAUAGUUCCAUUGCCAGAUACGCUAGCCUUCCACACAAGCAUAGCACCAUCGGAAAUGAAAGGUAUUUGACAAGGACUCUACUCCUAAUGCUAUCAAAAUUGCGCGCUCGGAAAGAAGGUCUGAUCUCCACAAAGUACAACCUGGUCCAAGUCACGAAAGAAAAGCUGUUCACCCACAUACUAGCGGACGUGAACCCGAUGAAAAUCGACCUGGACACCAAGACGCUUGUGCAAGAAGUCAUCAACUUGCAGGGGAAUACCAUUGAGUAUGGACGACAAGAGAGGGAACUCAGUAAUCCUACUGUUAUGUAACUUAUGCAUUAAAUAUUAGGUCAAGUUAA